AUGGCAGACGACCGAAUGGAAAUCUCCGACGAGGAGGGUUCCUCCCUUUUCGCAUCGCCGACUCAUCCUCCUACCUCGCGGGCGCAUCCCCCGUCGCAAUCGCAACAGCAACAGAAAACUCCCGUCGCUUCGAGCGCAGCAGCAGCCGCCGCCACAUCCAACAGGGACCCCUCGACCAACCAGAGCAGUAGUCGCUUAUUCGGCAUCGACAACACCACCAUCGAGACUCGCGAAGCCGCCCUGCAGCGAGAGCUAGAAGGAGUGCGCAAGAUUAAUCAAGUGAUUGAGGGAGUCAUUAGUACAUUGGAGCGCGCAAAGGGGAAUAUGGGUACCGUAAACCGCACAAUCCACUCCGCCUCCACCCUCCUCACAACCUGGACCCGCAUCCUCUCCCAAACCGAGCACAACCAGCGUCUCCUGCUCAACCCCUCCUGGAAAGGAGCGACGCAAGACCUACUCCAGAUCGAAGCCGAAGCUUUGGAGCGCCAACGCGAAGCCGAGCGAAAAGCUGCCGAAGCCGAGCGCAAGCGCGAGGAAGCACGUCGCAAAGCGGAAGAAGAGGCCGAGCGCAGACGGCUGGCGAGUAGUAUUAGUCAUACGGGGGUAGGAGCGAGGGGGAGGCCGAGGAGUAGGAGUGUGGGAAUGGUCAGUUCGAGGUAUGGGAUUGGAGUUACCAGGAGCGCGACCACAGCGGGGACGAGGGGGGUAGGUCUGGUUCGGGAGUGGGAAGUUUAG